AUGGCGUCCACGGGUCCUCGCAAGAGAGUAAAGCCUAGCCCCCAAUCGCCUGAGAUCUCCUCCCCGAACGACGAACGGUCCAGUUCAAGAGGGAGCCUCUGGUAUCCAAGCGUCUGGCCGUCAAAAGCGGCCCCUGUUACCGAGGUUGCCCGUGAGAGCAUUUCGAUGGCCAAACCUAACCCAUCCAACGCCGCGUCUGUAUCUACACCACAACUUGACUCUCCAAAACAGCAACGACAUCCUUCUCUUCAGCUUACCAAACGAGUGGGCGGAUCAACAAGAUCCCUCCCCGCCAACGCUACAACGACCCGCAUCAACAUUGCUUCAGAUGGUUCCACAUUGGCCCCCGCAGAGGAUCUCGAACCGGACCGUGCUUCACCAGCAAAAACGACUGAUAAGGAGGCAUCAAAUGAUAACAGCGGGGUAGACACAGGUAACUCAGAGGAACCUCAAUCGGAUGCAACUGGAGAGCCUGCGAGCUCGGGCAACGCGAUCACGGCUGUAAGUCAACCGAGUGGGUGGUUUUCAUGGGUAUACACACCGUUCGCAACCGAUAGGCCUACGCCAAGUGAACCUACCGCGAACCCUACACCAAAACAACCGCCAGAGCCUGAAUCUUCAGCUUUAGACCAGCCUUUGCAAGAGACAACACGAGACCCUAGCCCAAAAGACCUAAACAAGCCGUCAGAGGUUACGGAGGUCGCGCCCGCGUCGCAAAAGCACUCUUGGCUUCAGAUGUGGUACGGGUCAUCCUCAUCUAAAGGGCCUGAAGAGCCCAAGGAUGAGCCAUCCGGGAAUGCAGAAGAGCAGAAUCCUCCUACUCCAACCGCAUCACCCGGUCCACAAGAAGAACAAGAUACUACAAAAACAGACAGUGGCUCGGCUACUCCGACUAGUACGGGCAACAGGGCGUCUGCCUGGUCUUUCUUCUUCAGAGAUUCUGGUAAAGACUCCAUACAGGGAAAACCGCAAGAGGCCCAAGCAACUGAAGUCACUAUAAGUCGGGAUGUGCCUCCAGAACAAGUGGCGAGUGGUCCGGUCACUAAAACCGGACAAAAGCCACAAAUAAUCAACAAAGGAAGCGUCAAAAUAAAUGCUUUCCCCAGUGGUGUGUCCGGGCCAGACACUGCUGUAUCACAAUUACCGAAUGCUCCAGAGGGCCCGGCUCCGGUUCCGGCCCCGGCUGCUCCUGAGGCCUCUAAACAGCUGCAGAAGAUCAUACCAAACCAAGUUCUCCCGCAUUUCAAGGAUACAUUUGCUUUCCAAGACAGACCAACACUGCUCCAAUCGAUCGGCCGGUUCCUCCACUAUAACAAGGAGGCCAACAACCAACACGUCUACAAGGUCCCACAUCCACCGCGCAUUAAAAGAGCACUCGCAAUAGGAAUCCAUGGUUACUUCCCUGCUCCUUUGAUACGAAGUGUCCUUGGUCAGCCGACUGGAACAUCUGUUAGGUUUUCCAAUAUGGCCGCUGAAGCUAUACGCAAGUAUACAGAAGACAACGGAUACACAUGUGAGGUUGAGAAAAUAGCUCUAGAAGGCGAAGGACGCAUCACCGAACGAGUGGAUCUGCUUUGGAGACUACUUCUCAACUGGAUGGAGGAAAUAAGGCGCGCUGAUUUCAUUUUAGUUGCGUGCCACAGCCAGGGGGUUCCAGUUGGAAUCAUGCUGGUUGCUAAACUUAUAGCAUUCGGUUGUGUCAACGCCAAUCGAGUUGGGAUCUGUGCAAUGGCUGGCGUAAAUCUUGGACCGUUUACCGAUUACAGGUCUCGAUGGAUCAGCGGCUCUGCUGGAGAGCUAUUCGAGUUUGCUUUGCCAUACAGCCAAGUCUCCAAGGGUUACGAGUCCGCUUUAAGGACCUGUAUAGACUUCGGGGUACGAAUCUCCUAUGUUGGGAGUAUCGAUGAUCAGCUCGUCUCGCUAGAGUCAUCCUUAUUCUCCCCAGUUUCCCAUCCAUACAUAUACCGAGCAGUCUUCGUCGACGGUAGGGUUCACGCCCCAAGUUUCGUUUCACACUUGGUCGGGUUCGCCCUCAAGCUCCGCAACCUCGGUAUCUCAGACCACGGUCUCAUCCGCGAACUCAGCUCUCCACUAGCAGGCAGCCUCUACACUGGAGAAGGCCACUCCCGACUUUACGACGACGACACCGUAUAUCGACUCGCAAUUGAAUUCGCUCUCGAAACAUCUCCUGUCUCAAACGCACCCCUUAACAUAAAACGGAGUCACCCACCUCCUGCAACAAAUCCAUAUAUUCUUCCAUUUGCCAUGCGUGGUCUCCUGGAAGAAGAAUAUGUGCGGCACGAAUUAUACAACGAAACUAUGGAACUCUUGAAGCAGUUUGAUGACUGGAAGCCUACAAGCAAGGUCCUAAAAGAUGUCAAGUUCCGCUUAGAAGGCAUACGCUCUAAACUUUGA